GGCACUCGGCAUAGUGCUGAUUUCGGGAUGGGCCAGUAGGAAUCAUCAGCACAAGUCGGUCUUGAUGACCAUUCCUUCACGCAACCAGAAGCUGGUGAAUGUGUGCGACCUCUACGGUUGCCAUACCGUCCUGGUAUCCAGCCAGCAGCAGCAAGCUCUCAGAGCCGAGCACGAGGAGAGGCUGCGAGCGAGGAAGGAGGCUUAUGCCAUGAUGAUCAACAGAGCCCAUCAGAACUCCCAAACGUCAGCCCAUCUUGAGCAGAUGGCGAUGAAGGAGCCUUCCGUGAAGUCUCAAGUGCAGCAUCAGCAACACACACCAGAGAUCAAGCACGCCGACGCGUCUCCUCCAAAGUCCUUUGUGAGGUCCGUCGACCACCCGGCACCGGUCCAACCGCACAGUGUGCACCCACCAGUUGAAAUUGCACAACAUCAGAUGGAGGCGAGUAGCCCCCAUGGAGUCUCAGCCAGUCAUCUUGUGAAAGAAUCUUUGUCGAAGACUUCAGCAGCUCCGCAUGCUGCAAGUGCUGUGGCCGGCAUCCAGUCCAAGUCAGCGCUGUCCCACAUGAGCCCCCGCACAGCAUCUCAAGUUAAGAAGGCUCUUGACGGAACUCAACCUCCAAAGAGCACUGUAACUGAGGCUCCCCAGCAUCCGCUCCUGGCACGCGUCGUCCAUCCUGCUGUCGCUGAAGUCAAGGAGCUGCCUCCUCAACCAGCUGUGAAGAAGAUUCUUAGGCCACAAGCCAGUGCAGGAGCAGAAUCGAUGCAUGUUGUGAAUGAAGCUGAGCAAGAGAAGAAGGCCAAGUCGAAGCGAGCAUUGAUCCGCAAGGCUCUGAACUCUCAAGGGACUCUGAAGUCGUUUGGUCUCUUCUCAGAUGACAGGCUGUCAGCCAAGAAAUCGGAGGGCCAGAUGCCAUUCUUUGAGCAAGAGUUUUCUGACUCCGGCAGCAAGAAGGUCACCAAGCUUGCGCAACCUCAGCUCGCCCAAAAGGUUUCUCGACCGGCGCAUGAAAAUCUUGGCUCGAUCAUCGACUCGGGCUUCGCGGACAAGACCUUCAAGAAGGGAUCAGUCCAGUCUGAGCAGCCACUCUUUGACAGAUUCGUUGGCAUGAAGGCUCCUCUCAUUGCUGACAGUCAUGCGGUCAAGCUGGCAGCAGCACGGAGGUUGAGCGAGAAGCAUGCCAGCCUUGAGCAUGCAGGCAAGCCGAGCAGAGGAGAGAGCGCCCUCCGCUCUUUGGAUACUGAUAUUGGGUUCCAUGACCGCAAAGUACGUGCGCAGGACUCAAAUGUUCCAUUAUUCUCCUUCUUUGAAUGAAUGUAACUUACAUGUU